CAGAAGUUGUUGGGCACUGGGAGAGCGUGAAAAUAUGCAAGUCAGCUCCAUCCUACACAGCGGGUAUUUCCACCCUGUUCUGCGGGCCUGGCAGUGCUCUGCUACCAGCCUCGAUGCCAACAACCUCAUGUACCCCAUCUUCAUCACGGAUAACCCGGAUGCCAUAGAGGAGAUUCCCAGCCUGCCCGGCCAAGCCAGGUACGGGGUGAACCAACUGGAGGGGUUGCUGCGCCCCCUAGUGGACAAUGGGCUGAAGUGCGUGCUGAUCUUCGGGGUCCCAAGCAAAGUCAUUAAGGACGAGCGGGGCUCCGCGGCAGACACGCCCGACACGCCGGCCAUAUUGGCCAUACAGAGGAUUCGGGAGAAGUUCCCCCAGCUGCUCAUUGCCUGUGACGUGUGCCUUUGUCCCUAUACCUCCCACGGCCACUGCGGAAUCCUACGGGAAGAUGGCAGCCUACAGAACGAGAGCAGUUGCCAGAGACUGGCAGAGGUGGCCCUUGCUUAUGCCCGUGCAGGCUGUCACAUCGUGGCGCCGUCGGACAUGAUGGACGGGCGAAUCGGUGCCAUCAAGCAGGCGCUGGUCUCCAACGACCUGGGAAACAAGGUGUCCGUCAUGAGUUACAGCGCCAAGUUUGCCUCCUGUUUCUAUGGGCCCUUCAGGGACGCCGCGCAGUCCAAACCGGCCUUUGGUGAUCGGAAAUGUUACCAGCUCCCCCCCGGCGCCAGAGGCUUGGCCAUCCGGGCAGUGGACCGGGAUGUGCGGGAAGGGGCAGAUAUGCUGAUGGUGAAGCCCGGGAUGCCCUACCUGGACCUGGUCAGAGAAGUGAAGGAGAAGCACCCUGCUCUCCCAUUGGCUGUGUACCACGUGUCGGGGGAGUACGCCAUGCUGUGGCACGGGGCGCAGGCCAACGCUUUUGACCUCAAGGUGGCCGUGCUGGAAGCAAUGACGGGAUUCCGGAGAGCCGGAGCCGAUAUCAUCAUCACGUACUACACCCCCCAACUCCUCCAGUGGAUAAAGGAACGAUAAAGCUGCUCCCCAAAUACCCCCCCCCCCCCCCCCCCCCCCCCCCCCCCCCCCCCCGAUGAUGUUUGGGGCAAUUCCUCACUGCAUGGAUUUCCUACAGUGACCCCCGCACUGCCAUAGGCCAACCAUUUGCUUUAAUCCCACGCCCACCAUAAACAUGGCCGCUCCCUGUAGAAGGGUCUGAGUGGGCAGGAGUGACCCACAAUGCAACUGACCCUUUAUUAUUCACCUCCCUCUGCCCCACUGCUGCCCCCUGCAGGCCUCUGGUAGAACUGGGGCCAGUAAUGGGGCUUAUUCUGUGUUUCCAUCACAUUGUUGGACCCAUUAUAAAGCCGCCUGUACAGCAGCCCAAUGAGAAUCCGCCUUCUGGUCACAUGAUCGGUUCCCGCUCUCCUUGUGCCCAAAUUUCAAGACCAAAUAAACCCAAUUUUUCGUUA